UAUCCAAGAUUCCCAACCAUCUACACCUUCUUUCUUCUUGAAUCUCCCUCUAGUCUUUACAAAGCAAAUGGGUACCAGAAAAAGUAGGGGAGCUUUCCUUCUUCUCCCAUUUCUCUUCUUUUUCCUAGCAAUUCCAUCACAAAUUUCCUCUGCAACUGACACCUUAUCUCAAUCUCAACCAAUCUUAGUAGGCCAGACUCUCAUUUCCUCCGGCCAGAUUUUCCAGCUAGGAUUCUUCAAUUCCUCCCAUUCCACCAAACAGUACAUUGGCAUAUGGUACAAGAACAUCUCCAAGCGCAGGGUCCUCUGGGUGGCGAACAGAGAAAACCCAUUGUCAGCCACCGACUCAAACUCUAGUCUGACAAUUGGAAGCGAUGGAAACUUGAGAAUUCUUGAUGGAAACGGAAUUCGCAUCUGGGAAACUAAUAUUUCCCGCCAUUCAAGCAACUCUAUGGCUGUUCUUUCUGACGAGGGAAACUUAAUUCUUAAAGAUUAUGUCUUGGGAAUCACGUUCUGGGAAAGCUUUUACCAUCCUGUAGACACUUUCUUGCCAGGCAUGAAGAUCGGACUCGACACCCAAACAGGAGAAAAGCGUUUCUUGUCCGGCUGGCGGGCCGAAGAUGACCCAUCAGCCGGAAAAUUUAUAGCCGGAGUUUCACCCGACACGCCGCCGCAGGCGUUCAUCUGGAACGGGUCGGGAUCCGUCCGGUACUGGAGGAGUGGGCCAUGGGAUGGAUCCAAGUUCAUUGGGAUACAGGACAAGUUUGAAGGGUAUGCUAAUGGUUUCAACUUAGUGGGAAGUGUUUAUUUCACCUAUAGUCACUACAGUAGCUCAAAUAUCUCAUUUCUGGUGUUAACACCAUCUGGGUCUUGGGAUAUAGUUCAUUGGGACAACUUAUCCAGCUCCUGGUAUGUCUCUUGGUCGGAACCGGGUCACCCGUGUGAUACAUAUGGAUUUUGUGGAGAUUUUGGGAUUUGCAACAAGAAUGGGGCUCAGAUUUGUGGGUGCUUAAAAGGGUUUGUGCCAAAUUCGGAUGAGGAAUGGAGGAAAGAGAAAUGGAGUGGUGGGUGUAAGAGGGAUACUGAAUUGUUAUGUGACAAGAACAGCAGUGGUUUAUCAUCAGGAGGAGUGAAAAGUGAUGGGUUUUUUAAGCUGAGUGGGGUGAAAUUGCCGGAUCGGUAUGUGUAUCUGCACGAUAGGAGUGAAUCUGGUUGCGAGAAAUGGUGCUUGAGUAAUUGUUCUUGUGUUGCAUAUUCAUAUGUGGCUGAAAUUGGGUGUAUGGUUUGGGCUGGAGGAGGGCUGGUGGAUAUUCAGCAGUUUUCAUUUGCUGGGGAGGACCUUUUCCUUCGCCUGGCGGCUUCAGAGCUAGGGAAAGACAAGAAGAAGGAAAAGCUCAUCAUCAGCUUGACAACAGCUUCUGGGGUGAUCCUCUUGGGUGUUGUCAUUUAUGGAUUGCAUAGGCUGAGAGCGAAACAAAAAGGAAAGAUGGAAAAGAAAACCAAGGACUCCAUUUUGUCUGACAGAUUGAACAAUUCAAGGGACAUGUUAGUCAACCGAGGAAAUCCGCAUGAUACUAAAUUCGAGCUCCCAACGAUUGAUUUUGAGGAAAUAGCAGCUGCUACCGAUAACUUCAGUAUAACCAGCAAAAUUGGCGAAGGAGGAUUUGGACCAGUUUUUAAGGGAAAACUACGCGAUGGACAAGAGAUAGCAGUGAAAAGACUUUCUAGAUGCUCAGGGCAAGGCAUAGAAGAAUUCAAGAAUGAGAUCAUACUAAUCUCGAGACUUCAGCACAGGAAUCUUGUUAGGCUCUUGGGGUGCUGCAUUGAAGGGGAGGAAAUGCUGAUAGUUUAUGAGUACAUGCCCAACAAAAGUUUGGACACUUUUCUCUUUGAUUCAAACAAGAGAACAGAGCUGGAUUGGGCUAAACGACUCAACAUAAUUCAGGGCAUUGCUAGAGGGCUUCUGUAUCUCCAUCGCGAUUCUUGUCUGAAGAUAAUUCACCGAGACCUAAAAGUCAGCAAUAUUUUACUCGAUGAAGAAAUGAACCCAAAGAUAUCGGACUUUGGUUUGGCGCGAACUUUUCUUUGCACACAAGAGCUAGCAAAUACUCACAAGGUUGUCGGUACAUUAGGCUACAUGUCUCCUGAGUAUGCAAUGGGAGGGAUAUUCUCUGAAAAGUCUGAUGUCUUUAGCUUUGGAGUCUUGCUAUUGGAGAUUGUUUCUAGCAAGAAAAACAACAGUUUCCAUCAUAAUGAAGUACGUACGAGCCUUCUCGGUCACGCAUGGGAUUUGUGGAAUGAAGGCAGGGCAAUGGACUUUGUGGAUCAAGUAUUGUCUGAUUCAUGUUCAUUGCAAGAAGUAACAAGAUGCCUACAUAUUGGCCUUCUCUGUGUACAAGAUCAUGCCGCGGAAAGGCCCACCAUGUCAACCGUAGUUCUAAUGCUAAGCAGUGAGAUAGAUUGUCCACAGCCGAAACGGCCUACUUUUACUUUCCAAAGCUUGGCAGGAUCGUCUGAUCUUCGGUCUCAAAGCAACAAUGUAAACUCCAUAAAUGUCAUCACUGUAUCAAUGGUUGAAGGCCGAUGACCCAUCGCCGGAAACCGCUUUUUUGUAUCUGUGGAAUCCGAUAUUUUUCCAGGCCCUUUCUCUGCAGAUCUAUGAAAAUGGGUUCAAUGGGUUGUAUUAUAUGUUAUUUGAUUUGUGGAACAUUGGUGGUCUGUAUAUUUUGCAUCUCUUAUUUGCUUUUUUA